AUGCAGUUCCUCAACGCAAUUCUCGUCUUUGCCUCGCUCGCAGUUGCUGCUCCCGCUGUGGAUGUGGCUGCCGCCCCUCUUGAGGCGAGAGCGGUUCCUAGCCCUUGCUACUCCGCCCAGAAGUUGACCUGGAACACGGGCCAGAUCCCUGGUGACGGUGGAUGGGUCUGCUACGCAACCCCCUCCGGACCCUGCACUAAGUACUCCUGGAAGACCAACCUUCCUUACUACAGCUGCACCUGA